CUUAUCUAAAGGGAAAGUAGACUUGAAGUCUUGGAUCAAAAAGUCUCUAUUGGCAUAUCAUCGCAGAAUAUAUUGCAUCAUCGGAGUCAAAGUCCUGAUGCUCUGCAUCCGUACCAUAGGUGGAUCUGGCAGCCUGAAUCUGGUCACGCCCAAGGAUCGAUGUUUAUUGUCGACGUUGUCACCUGGGCAAGUCUGCGCCCGAGCACUCGAGGCGUCGCGUAGGACUUCUGCAGAAUGACGCGCCUACGCGCCUUGGCGGUGCGGAUCGCGCCUGCCACACCACGGCGCCCCAGUGAGCAGCCUGUUGCCAACGCCAUGCGCAGAGUAUCUUGGUAGACGCGUUGUAUCUUCGCACCGCUACCAUGAGCCAGUCUCCGCAACGCCCGGCGGAGCCGCGGCCGCGGGCAAGUAUGCGAGCGGCCACCAUGAUCCAGGCCAGCACGGGUGAGCGCAUUAAGAAGACGUUCACCCUGCGCAGACAACGCGCGAGAUCGCAUGGCUCCACCGAGUUCCUGCUCGCGCCCGGCCAGUCUGGCCCCGACCGCCACAGAGACAUGGGCAGGAUGGAACGGUUCCUCUGGCGGUGCAAGGGCAAGGUGCAGGGAGCGUACAGAUUUAUAACCUCCCCUACUGGCAUAAACAUCCUGAAAUGCUCUCUGGCAUACAUUCUCGGCAGUCUGGCGACUUUCGUGCCUCUUAUAUCGGGUCUGCUAGGAAGGAACGAUGGAAAGCACAUGGUGGCCACGGUCACUGUCUACUUCCACCCAGCACGCUCCGUCGGGAGCAUGAUCGAAGCCAUUCUACUCGCCUUCGCCGCCUUCCUCUACGCUGCCUUCAUUUCGUUCACCAGUAUGGCCGUAAACGUCUUCUUCGGUCGACACCACCUCCUCGUCGUUGGGGAUAUCAUAGUGCUUCUGGUAUUCUGCGGUGGAGGCCUAGGGUUGGUCGGAUGGACGAAACAGAAACUCGGGAACCCGCUAGUUAAUGUUGCCUGUUCACUGACCUCUCUUGCCUUGAUCACGGUCCUUACGAAAGAAGGGGCUGUCCAGGCAGCAAAAUUCUCAUACAUCAAGGUGUGGCAGGUCCUGAAGAUGGUCAUCAUGGGCACCGUUGCCUCAUCUGCGGUUGCACUGCUUAUCCGGCCUUCAUCAGCGCGCAAUGAGUUCCGAGACACGUUCAUCAAGGCCACGGAUGCCAUGGGCGAGAUGCUUACACACAUCACACGUAGUUUUCUAUCUGGUUCUGAAGCAGACUUGAAGACACCCGAAUUUCUCAGGGCAUCUGACCAAAGCAAGUCAACGUACAAGAUGCUUGUGAAGAACCUUGGAGAAGCCAAGUAUGAACAUUAUGCUCUAGGUACCGAAGAAGAGUACAAGAUAGCAUCUCGCUUAGUCAAGUGUCUGGAAGAGCUGAUGCAAAGCAUUGGUGGCUUACGAAGCGCUGCUGAGACCCAGUUCACCCUGCUGGCACAAACGAAUACACCAAAUGGUGGUACCAGGGUGGCAAUGACUAAUCUCAGUACGGCCAGUUCAGCGAUAUCACUGAUAGAGAGCGGGUCAUCACCUGUACUCUCGCCUUCCUUGAGUCAUACAGAUCGUAGAUCCAGUAUUCUCGCCUCGAUCGACGAACUGCCUGAAAGCUCAGCCGAUGUCACUGAUGAUGAGUCCGACCAGCCCAAUAGAAACUCUAUCCGGGUGCCACAGGGUAUACAGAGCAAUCUUACCCCAGCCGACAUGUUCACCGUCUUCAUAGCUCACCUCGGCCCCCCGAUGAAAUCACUAGCUUACACUCUCCGAGAUGUCCUUGAUGAACUCCCCUUUGGGCCAGGUCCCGAGUACGAAAUGGCCAUCAACGAACACUUCCGCCAUAGUUUGAUCGAUGCUACAGCACUCUUUCUAAACGCCAGGGAGGGAGCGCUAGCAGCUGUGUAUCAGAACAAGAUAACCACAAAGACAGGCUCACUCGAGGUUGCUGCCGACUUCGAAGAAGUUGCCGCUAGCUGUGGUUACUUCACAUCAUCUCUGCAAGAUUUCGCCGAGGACAUGGUUACCUUCCUAGAUGUUCUAGAGCAACUGAAAGAUAAUGCGAAACGGUACCCUCGCAAACGAAGUUGGACUUGGUUGAAGUUUUGGCGAAGAUGGGCCUGGUUUAGGAGUUCAAAACUCAAUGAAGACGCUGGACUGCUAGAUGAUCGAGGAGUCCAGUGGCAGAUCAGAAGACCAAUCUACCGAAAGUCCACGCGUGGCGAUCCGGACAAAGGAAUCGACGAACAGCCUUUAACGUACCGGGUAUGGCUAAGGCUCAGCGUUUUCCGGCAAGAUGACAUCCGAUAUGCCUUCAAAGUUGGCAUCGGUGCAGUGCUGUACGCAAUGUGGGCCUUCAUUCCCGCAACGCGAGAUUUCUACGGACAUUGGAGAGGAGAAUGGGGUCUUUUGAGUUACAUGUUGGUCUGCUCAAUGACCAUCGGUGCUUCCAACACGACCGGCUUCCAUCGGUUCUUCGGAACUUGUCUGGGUGCUGCCUAUGCCAUAGUCGCAUGGAUUAUGGCCCAUGAAAACCCCUUUGUCCUUGGCUUCUUCGGCUGGCUUGUGUCCCUUCAGUGCUUCUACAUCAUUGUCGGAAAGGGAAAAGGCCCCAUGGGACGAUUCAUCAUGCUCACGUACAAUCUCUCUGCGCUAUACGCAUACUCGCUCUCUGUGAGGGACGAAGAAGAUGACGAUGACGAAGGAGGGAUCUCACCAGAGAUCUGGGAGAUUGUUUUGCAUCGCGUGGUCGCAGUCAUGACGGGUUGUAUCUGGGGUAUCAUCGUCACGCGACUCAUAUGGCCCAUCUCUGCAAGGAAGAAGAUCAAGAAAGGUACCUCCCUUCUGUGGCUUAAAAUGGGUCUGAUCUGGCAACGUGGACCGCUCCGCGUACUGUAUGAGUCGCAAACCAGCGAUUCUCACUCCGGGGUUUCGUACAUGACUUCUCGUGAGGACAUUGACCUUCGUCGAUUUCUCAGCACGCUUGAGGCACUACAAAGCUCAGCAUCCUCAGAGUUCGAAUUGAAGGGACCAUUUCCAGCAAGGACUUUCAGGGGCAUACUCCAAGCAACAAGCCGCAUGCUGGAUAGUUUUCACGCUAUGAACGUUAUCGUUCUUAAAAAUCUAAAGUUGACCGAGGGCGAAAAAGAGAUUCUAAAGUACACGAAAACGGAGUGGACUGAGCUGAGUUGGCGCAUCAGUCAUUUGUUCUCGGUCAUGGCGUCUUCUAUGAAGCUCGAAUACCCGCUCAAUGCAGUGUUACCUAAAGUGGAGCGGAUAAGAGAUCGACUGCUGGCUAGGGUCUUUGAGUUUAGGAGAUCUGGUCUUGGCAACGAACUUGCGAAGGAUGAGGACUACGAGUUGUUAUACACUUAUGCUCUUAUCACCGGACAAUUGGGUCGUGACCUCGCCAUCAUCAGUCGGGAGAUUGAGAAGUUGUAUGGUGUGCUUCACGAGGAAGACUUGAGGCUACAGGUCAACCUCCGCACGCAGAAGCGCCUCGCGGCGUCCGUUGUCGGCUGCGGAAAGCGCAAGAUUUGGCUCGACCCCAAUGAGGUCAGCGAGAUCUCCAACGCCAACUCCCGCCAGACCAUCCGUAAGCUCGUCGAGGAUGGCCUCAUCAUCCGCAAGCCCGUCACCAUGCACUCCCGUGCCCGCGCCCGAGAGUUGACCGCUGCCCGACGGAUCGGCCGACACCGAGGUUUCGGUAAGAGGAAGGGUACCAAGGAUGCCCGUAUGCCCAGCCAAGUUCUGUGGAUGCGCCGUCUCCGUGUCCUCCGCCGUCUCCUCGUAAAGUACCGUGCCGCCGGAAAGAUCGACAAGCACCUCUACCACGAGCUGUACCACCUCUCCAAGGGUAACACCUUCAAGCACAAGCGUGCUCUCGUUGAACACAUCCACAAGGCCAAGGCCGAGAAGGCUCGCGACCGGGCUCUCAAGGAGGAGAUGGAUGCCAAGCGUGCGAAGACCAAGGCUGCGCGCGAGAGGAGGCAGGAGCGCGUCCAGCAGAAGAGGCAGGCGUUGGUUGGCGGCGACGACGAGUAAGCGGGACGAUAUGUGGCAUGAACAUUCUGGCGUGGGCUUUCUUACCGGCAAAGGAGGCGUCUAUCUCCUUUCCACAGUCUCAAUGGGGCAUAUGCGGUCAUGUUUUCAUGUACGUCCGGGUCUGCAAAAGAGCUCUUCUCCGUUGCACGCUCGACCUGCCCUGGCCGCCUUCUGACUCGUGCAUGAUGUCCAUACAUAGGGUAAUGGGAGCAUUGAGUUAGAAACGGGUGGUCGCUAGUGUCAGGCUUUUUGAAAAAGUGAUGUUUUCUAGCACUGUGGACGUCGACGCCCACCGAGUCCAUCCAAAGAAUGCCCGCCAUGAUUGAAGAUAUCAAUAACAAUAACGCCAC